AAGAGAGAAUUUUAUGACUGAUAAAUAUUGCCAAUUUCAUCCUUUAUAGUAGUAUUUUCCAUGGGUUUGUAGAACACUUACUAUCCUGGAUUUAGUAUGAAAUACUAUAUUGUAACCAUCUAAUUAUAACUUGGCAGUUAUUAGUCUGUGGAAUACCAUAAUUAGCUAUUGCAAACUCAGUCUUUAUAAAACUAACUUAUGAAUCAUGUGUUUGGUAAUACCAGUGUCAUUUAUAAUUACUUGUAAACCACGCCAUGGUGCUAAGUUAUAGAUCAUUGGUUUAUAUGGGUAUUUGUUGACACAACUGAUUUAUGUAAUAAGUCACAGAGAGAAACCAUUCAAAUUGCACUUACACUGACUCCAAAAAAACUAAACACGCUUGCUCCAGUUUAUGGGUAUUUCCUUUUAUCCUUGUUCUAAUGUUUCACAUUUGAAAGUAAAUAAAAUUUCAUUGCACAAGUUCCUUUUAAAAAGACAAGAAAAAAUAAGUUAACAAUAUUUUUCUCCUCUGUAAAAUUCUCAUCGGCCUGUACAUUUCCUCCACCUUUUUUUUUUUGCAUUUAAAAAAAAGGACAUAGUAGAUUUUUAUUACAUAAAAAAGAUAUAAACUAAUAAAUUAAAAUGCUAUGCUAGAGAAUUCCAAAACAAGGCGAUGUUCUAAAAUGUUAUAAUUGAUUUGCUGGAUGACACAAGCACUUUGCUGCAUUAACACCUCUGUGAUGGAUUCACUGUGACAUUUAAGAAGAUUAACUCUGUCUAAAAACAUGAUUGGUUGUGAGAGCUUCUUGAUGACCCAUUCAGAUUCCUUUGGAUAACAAAGAUCACAUUUCAAAUCUCAGCUAUGCUGCCAUCAUCCAGGUCACUUGCGGACAGGAUUUUAGCUCUGAGAAUUUACCUGAUCUCAGUCAUUUUCAGUGGGUGCCCAGUUCUUGAGAUCAAUAGUGAAUUCCGAAACUUCACCUGUCCUAGCCUGUGCCGUUGUAAUGCUGAUCAUGACAUAUACUGUGUAAAAAUGGGCAUUGAAGACCUUCCACCAGAUCUACCUCCCUCUGCGGUAUCUUUGAACUUGGCAGGAAACCAAAUACGGAUCCUUCAUUUUGAUGCUUUCAAGGUUGUCCCUUCCCUUCAUAUCCUGUGGCUGAACCAGAACAACUUGACAUUCCUAUAUCCUGGUGUUUUCAUUGCACUCAACAGCUUAAAAGAGUUAAAUCUUAGUAGGAACCAAAGGCUGACCUACCUUCAUGCCCACACGUUCCGAGGCCUCUCAAGCCUUCUGUCUUUGGAUCUGUCUCACUGCAACAUUUUUGAAAUCCACCCGUUGGUGUUCACCCACUUGCCAUCUUUGGAGGUUCUCAAUUUAGCAUCCAAUAAGAUACAUUAUGUGCCGCAAGCCUUGAGAAAACUGCACAAUGUCACCAGGUUGUCAAUGGAAAAUAAUCUCAUAGAAGCCAUAGGGAAGAAUUCCUUCAAACAUCAACAAGCCUUGCAAGCUCUUAAUCUACGAAGGAACCAGAUUUGGGCCAUACAACAUGAAGCCUUCAACCAGCUAAACAAAUUGAGCGUGCUAAAUUUAGGACAUAACUCUCUAUCUCAUUUGCCUAAUCAGCUUUUCAGUGGAUUGGAUCAGCUUAAGAUUAUGUACCUGGAAGCUAACAGGAUUGAUAAAAUCAACUGCUCCUUUAACAUGCUGGUUAACCUCAAAAAGUUGCAUCUCAAUAACAAUCUGAUAACACACAUUACCCGCAAUGCUUUUUCGGAUCUAAAACAACUGCAGGUUCUACAUUUAAAUAAAAAUAGCUUGACUUCUGUUCCCAGUUACUUGUUCUUGCAUAUGCCCCAACUGAAAAGUGUCUACCUUUCAUUUAACCCUUGGAGCUGUGACUGCAGUAUGGCCUGGAUUGCCACCUGGAUGGUGGAUUAUAAAGGAAUAGUUCAGGGUCUCAACUGUGUCUUUGCCUUGUCAUAUAAAUCAACAGAAGUUUUCACAGGACAUGGAGUUACCUGCCCCCAAGAAGAAAUUACUGAGGAUAAAUGUGUGGGAAGCUUAAAUGAUUCUGCUUCUGCUUUAACUGAUACGUCAUAUAUAAUAUUUAGCAUACUAAUAUGCUUUAUUGGUGGAUUAAAGUAGACCUAAAGGCAAACUUUUUUUUUACUUUUUUACCAUCAGGUUACCAAUGGGAAAAUUUCCCUUCACUUCCUGUCUUAUAGCCAAAUCAGGAAGUGAGAGGAAAUCCCUCUAAAGUGAAGGAAUCCAUGAUUGUCACCAGGGUCUUCAUAACUAGUGUCACCGUUGAAAGAUGUCCCCUCUAUUCCUGUUCUGGUAACAACCUAAUUUGUGAUAAAUUUUUUCAGGCCAAGUACAUAUACUGCAAUUACAGAAUAAAUAUGUGUUAAUUCUACUGGAAAGCCAGUGUCCAUGUAACUGCCUGUGCACUAGCCUGAAAUUUCAAACAAUAUUAUCAGCCUUCCCAGAACGCCCCCCCCCCCUCUCUGUUAUGAAGAUGAGAGAGGAAGAUAUUCUGUAGUUCUAAAAUAUCUCCUGUCUUAGGGUAACAAUCCGGCUUCUUUAAAUAUACAGUGUACAGAGCUCUGCUACCCUAGGACAGGAAAUAUGUUUUUGGUAGGAUCACUGGCUAAAAAAAAAGAAA